AUGGGGAGUUUUGGAAAUUUUGGGAAUGGUGGAAGAAAGAGAUGGAGAGAUGGAGAGAUGAGAGGAGAGAGCACGGGAGGAGAGGAGAGGCGAAAAACAAACAUCAAAGCUAAGCAAUGUGCCCGAGAACUGAAGGAAAAGGUGAAGAUGAUCUUAAUGGCUCCAGUUAAAAAGCCUUCACAAAAAUUGGACUUGAUUCAGGACAUUCAGCGCUUAGGUGUUUCUCACCAUUUUGAAAAUGAGAUUGAGGAACUUCUGCAGCAAAUUCACAACAGCUCCCAUGACAGUACUGAGCCUGGGGACCAAGAAACUGAUAAUGAGCUUUACACUGCAGCGCUCCGAUUUCGAUUACUCAGACAACAAGAUAUAUUCAAUAAUUUCAAGGACAGUGAUGGGAAAUUUAAGGAAUCCCUGGUGAAUGACGUAGUAGGACUUUUAAGCUUGUACGAAGCCACACAUCUUAAGGGCUUCCCAAGACUAGAAACAAGGCAUUACCUGUCUCUCUAUCAGGAACGCGAUUCACAGAAAGAGACUCUCCUGAAUUUCGCAAAGCUGGAUUUCAAUCUACUGCAACAAGUUCAUCAAAGAGAACUAAGUGAAAUUUCAAGGUGGUGGAAGGACUUAGACUUUGUAAACACGCUUCCUUUUGCAAGAGACAUAGUAGUUGUAGUUGAGAGCUACUUUUGGGCUUCGGGAGUACACUCUUCAGUUUGA